CUGAUCGCGCAUCGGAACCGUCGACUGCGUUCAGUAGCGGUAGUGCAGCGACAGUGAUCUAGACGAUUUUUCCGGAGAGAAGUUUCCUGAACACGACAUUAUUCCGUCGUACACACAUACAUAGUCUUUCCGCGUCAAGUCAACUGCAGAGAAUUUCUUAUACGACCGUAUUAAAAUUACUACUUUUACCAAGAUGUCUCUUACCAAUAAUUUCAAGACAAUGUUAACCCUUGCUGUGGUUGUCGGCGUAGCGUAUGCUGCUCCUAGUGCAGACAAAUCUGAACAGAGUAACGAAAUCAUUCAAUCCGGAUCGUUUAUUACCAAAAACGGUGACUCUGUGUCCGCAUCGUGGGGAGGUUUCCACGCGGCUGCUUCUCUGGCCGACGAUGGUAGUGCCGUGGCUUCUGCCGGCGGCAACGGUCUUAGCGCCAGUUCCGGAUACGGUCCGGGAAGUGCUGGAGCCGGAGCUGGUGUCGGAUACAUCGGCGCUAGCGAAUUCGCGUCCACCGGAGUGCCAAUGAAACCGGCCGUCGGAGGAUAUGGUAACAGCGGAAAACCUGAUAGUCACUACUCAGGUGUUGUAGCCGGAGCCGGCGGCAACGGUGGUGGUUUCUUCGACAGAAUUUUCGCCAUUCCCAUCAAUGUAUUACAGUCUGUCAAUACGUACUUAAACCAGAAACAAAUGCAUCAAGGACAACCAGGAGCCGUUCACGGUCAGAAUAACAACGGCGUUGCCGCCUCCGCAUCCGCAUCCGCUGUAUCUGGCAGUGCCGGGUACGGUAGUUCUGACAACAAAGCUCCGACUUCAGUCGGUGCCGAUUACGGACACGAGUCUGCUGCUGCAGCUUCGUCCGUAAACGGAAAAGCCGGAUCUCCAAUGAUGGUACACACAAAAACAAAUUACAAUGAUAUAUUCAACAUCCCGAUCACAGCAUUGAGAUCCGUCCAGAACCUGUUGAACGGUUAACUCGUCGCAGUAACCAAAUCGUGACGGUGGUGGUUGGAAGGAUGUCGAAGAACUUACCAUGCCAUGCCAUGAGAGGUGUCCACUGAAAUCGGCGCUCAACGACGCAACCAUACACACACACACAUCUACUCUCUCUUUCUUUCUCGCGCACACACAUACGAACACACAACACACGCCCACACACAGUCUUCAUCGUUAUAGAGCAUUGUAAUCAAUAAUUGUAAUGUUAUUUAUUACAAUAGUGUGUAACGUGUAGUCUAUAUGUAGUUUUGUGCUGUGUGUACAUACUAUUUUUAUAUUUAUUUAUCAUUAUUAUUUUUUUAGUAUGCAAUACUAUAUAUUUUGUAUAUCCUAACCUAUGUAGUGAUUUUUUUUUAAACGUCAGGCCCCUCUACGUGUAAUUCACGUUCACAGACGUGUCUUGUGUUAAAUCAAUCACACCACAUAUUAUUAUAUACAUAUAUUUUUAUAUUAUAUAACAUAUUAUUGUAAUAGUAUAUAAUAUAUACAUAUAUAGUAACGUUUUUCUAUUACUCAUACUAUAACAUUGAUUAUUCAUUAUGUAUGCAUGUGUAGUACUGUAAAAUAUUAUUGAAAGCAUUAAGUAAUAUAGUAAUACUAUGCAUGUUUAUUACGUAUGUACCUACCGCUGGCUAGUUUUUAUAUUCAACGUUUUUUUUCUAUUAUUAUUAUUAUUAUUAUUUAUACGUAAUUUUUAAAUAAUCAUUGAAUAAAAAUAUUUUUUUAAAUUUA